AUGGUUUUUACGAUUCAAAAUGCAGACGUCAAACAGGGGAGAGUUGAGAACGCUCUGGUGAUUGGCGUCUCACACUGCGCUGUGUUUGGAGCUGAAGACGAGAGCGGAGCGGCUUUCACGCUUCUACAGGCCGUGCAGCUGGUGAACGAGCGCCUGUUGCAGCUGAAAACCUCGGACUCCAGCUCCGUUCAGAUGGAGGUGGUUCUGAUCUGCACCAACAUCCAACAGCAGCAGAAAGACCAGAUCCAGACCAAGACCAGAGAAUCCGGUUUGCAGAUCCACCGGUUCAGUUUUUAUGAGGACAACUUAACUGACUGUUUACUGGAAAAUAAAGUUGAUCUUUUUCUUACAACUGACUCAGAAGAGGCCAAACAAGCAGCAAGCAAGGGAGUUUUGUGCACUCUCUUGGACCCGCUCUCGGCCCACGGACCCUCUGAACAGCUCAGAGUGAUGUUCUGUGCAGACGCCAUCUUGGAUCUGAACACAGGCAGUCACCAGGCGUUCUGGUCUCAUCUGGGUGACAUCCGGCAGAGGCUGGGUGUGGAGGACAGCCCUCUGGCCCUGGUGCUUCUCUCUUCCCACGGUGGAAUAAACGCCUGCUGCUCCGCGCUGCGAUCGCUCCGGACCCUCGGCCUGAGUGUGGACGAGGCGUACUGUCUGGGAGGGUCACCACGGAAACCCAUCAUGUCUCUGCUUCGACCUCACUUCCUGCUCGGAGCGCCAAAGGAAUGA